AAGUCCUUUUAAGAUACUGUCCAUUGUUUGCUGCAACUGUCAAACAUGUUGCAGAUGAUAUCUUAACCGUUCAUCUGCUGUUCAUUUUAUUACAUGUUUUAUGACAGUUCUGAGUUUAUUUAUGUCUUUUGUUUCUCCUAGCUUUUACCCCAUUUCUUUACUUUGGUUUUACCAGUUUCACAUUUAGAAAUCACAGCUUUAUAGUUUAGCUCUUCCUCCUCAACCUAACUCUCUCUCUUUUUCUCUUAUUUUCUUACACCUUUGCCCCACUUCCUUUCUACUUGUUUCUAGUAGUUGCCAUAUUCCAGAUCCCUUGCUCUUGUCUUCUUUCUCCGUGUUAGAGUCUUGUUUGUUUGAUCAGAAAUCAGAAUCUUUUGAGGGUGUCUUCUGUAUGGCUUUGCUAAUUCUUCUUCUUCUUUUGGCAGUUUCUCAAGCAACAGCUGAUGAAGAUCCAUAUAUUGGAGUGAAUAUAGGAACAGACCUAUCAGACAUGCCACACCCAACUCAAGUAGUUGCUCUCCUAAAAGCUCAGCAAAUCCGACAUGUUAGGCUAUACGAUGCUGACCGAGGCAUGCUAGUUGCUCUUGCAAACACAGGCAUUCGAGUUAUGGUCUCAAUCCCCAAUGAGCAACUUCUUGGCAUUGGACAAUCAAAUGCCACUGCAGCUAAUUGGGUCUCACGGAACGUUGUAGCACAUUAUCCUGCAACCAACAUCACAGCGAUUUGUGUAGGUUCUGAAGUUUUAACUACUCUUCCUAAUGCAGCACCAGUCCUUGUGAAUGCCAUGAAGUUCAUUUACUCGGCCCUCGUAGCAUCCAAUUUAGACAACCAAAUCAAAGUUUCAUCACCUCUUUCUUCCUCCAUAAUCCUUGAUUCUUUCCCACCUUCCCAAGCCUUCUUCAAUCGCUCAUGGAAUCCAGUUUUGGUCCCUAUGCUCAAUUUCUUGCAGUCUUCAGGCUCAUUUGUCAUGCUUAAUAUAUACCCUUACUAUGACUAUAUGCAAUCAAAUGGUGUGAUUCCACUAGACUAUGCACUUUUCAAGCCUCUAUCUCCAACCAAGGAAGCUGUCGACUCUAACACACUUGUCCACUACUCGAAUGUCUUUGAUGCUGUGGUUGAUGCUGCAUACUUUGCCAUGGCUUUUCUGAACUUCACCAACAUUCCUGUUAUAGUGACUGAAACUGGCUGGCCAUCAAAAGGUGAUUCCAAUGAACCAGAUGCAACAAUGGAGAAUGCCAACACUUACAACAGCAACUUGAUCCGCCAUGUGAUAAAUAAAACUGGAACUCCUAAGCGCCCUGGAAUUGCUGUUAGUACUUACAUCUAUGAACUCUAUAACGAGGACAUGAAAACAGGGCCAACCUCGGAGAAGAAUUGGGGAUUGUUUGAUGCAAAUGGUGACCCUAUUUAUAUAUUACGCUUGACGGGGUCAGGAUCGCUGUUAGCAAAUGAUACUACUAACCAAACUUAUUGUACUGCAAAGGAUGGUGCUGAUCCAAAGAUGUUGCAGGCUGCUUUAGAUUGGGCUUGUGGGCCUGGCAAAGUGGAUUGCUUACCAUUGUUGCAAGGAAAACCAUGUUAUGAGCCAGACAAUGUGAUUGCACAUGCAACUUAUGCAUUUGACACUUACUAUCACCGGAUGGGGAAGACUUCUGAUUCAUGUGACUUCAAUGGCGUUGCAGAUAUUACAACAACAGAUCCAAGUCAUGGCUCUUGUAUUUUUCCAGGGAGCAUUGGUAGGAAUGGAACCAUGGUAAAUAUCACAGCACCAUCGAUGAAUUCUACGAGCUCAGAUUCACCUGGUCGAAAUUUUUAUGGCAGGGAAGGUUUCACUAGCAUUUUAUUGUUAAUCAAAGUUAUAGUGUGGAAUAUAAUUUUCUUGUAGGCUUUGUUGUUGGUGUAUUUUGGGAUCCUUGGCAAUAUAUUCAAGCAGAUGUUGAGAGUAGAGGUGGUUGUGACUGGGUGGUUUUAGGAAGAGUGGCCUAUUCAAUUUUGUACAAAGUAAGAUGAAAAUCCUUAUUAUUUUCAGAUUGGAUUUGCAAGUUUUGAUCAAAAUCUAUUCUGUUAAAUCAUUUAGGUAGGGUUUGGGUUCUUUUAUAAAAUUACCAUGGCAAUGUAAUCACUAAGGUGAUUUUAUU